UCUGGGGUCUGAGACAUGUCUGGGGCUCUGGAUUUGAGGGGUGCUGGGCCUGGGGGUGCAGGAUCCCUUUGGGGGGACCUGGACCCCUCCUGGGGGUGCAGGACCAUUCCUGGGGUGCAGGGCCCCCACCCCAGGGUUCAGGUGACCCCGACAUGCCCGCGGCCGCUGCAGACACGUCCCGUGGGAGCAGGAAGCGGGGUGCGGCGGGUGCCACCCAACCACCCCUCCCGUCCCGCGCCGAGCACCCAGAGGAGCCGGUUGUGCCCGUCCCCGUGGGUCCGGCACCGCCGUGGGCUCCACUCCAUGGCCCCGGCACUGGGCUCGGUGGCCGUGGUGGCCACAGUGGCCUGGGGCUUGGCCACCAUCCUGCUCCUGCUCCUCCUCUGCUCCUUCUUCCACAGGACAAAACGGCCGUAUCCCACCCCAAAAAUGGGAGAAGACACGGGGCUCGUCAGAGGGGUGAAGCUGGCCAGGCUGGGCUCCGGUGAUGGGGGGACAGCGCUGCCGGGAGACGCCCCGUCUCCCGGUGAUCCCCGGCAGCAGGAGAACAGCCCGGCGGUGCGGGGGGACACGGAUAACCCCGCUGUGGGGGACCCCAAGCUCCAUGUGCCGGGCUGGACACCCCAUUCCCACGCACCUUCCAGCCCGUCCUCAAGAACCCCCGAGUUCCUGCGGCACCGGCAGCUGCCGGUCCUGCCUGGGGAUGCCGGCACCGCCGCAACGGACCCUGUGCCGGAUGCCGAGGGACGUAUCUAUGAAAGCAUCCGGUACAAACCCGGGACGCUGAAAAAGCCUCAGGAUGCCGGCAGCACCCUGGGUGACUCGGGGGACUCCCUGUUCCUGACCAGAGGGGAUGAACCGAGUGUCCCCGAGCUGGACAUCACAGCCCAGGAGGAGCUGGACAGCAAGGGGGACCCCAGCCCCGUGUAUGCCCGGGUGUGCAAACCGCCCCGGGGAACACAGCCCCGGCAGCCCCACAGCCCCCCCGAACCCCAAGAAGAAGCACCUCCAGCGCUGCCGGAGAAGCGAUUCGAUGUGGUGUAGGACGUCCCGGGGAUGUUCUGGAGCUGUCGUGGGCCAGGAGGCUUCAUGCAAGUUUGCUGAAGGGUCUUCCCGGUCACAGCGGCCCUGGAGAGCUGCCCGCUCCAUUCCCAGCACUGAAACGGAGUGUAGGUGGCCCAGGUUAUCCCCCGCAUCCAGCACGGGGAUCCCCAAGUGUCCCUCGGGGCCCCCACCGGGUGGCCCCCACGUGGGAUUGACUGAAGAAUAACAGCAGAAGGAAAAUGUGGGAUUAUAUUUUGGAGAAGCUUCAAAAAAAACCCCAAAAUGACUUCCACACAUCCAGCUGGGAUCCCCUGGGAAAAGAAUCACAUGUAGCGUGGUUUUGCUUCCCGGGAGCAAGAGUCUGUGGAUGGAGAGCUGUGUAAAUAGUCCUUAAUUGCUAUUUUAAUCGUUUUUAA